CCCAUAAGCAACAUCUCUACCAAAUUUCAGCUCGAUAUGAUGAUUUUGAAAAAUCGGUAUGGGUCACCCCAUAGAGUCACUCCAGAUAAAAAUUUUUCCAAUCUGAAGUCAUAGUUUUGCAUUAGGUGCCAUUAGCAACCACUGUACCAAAUUUGAACUUUCUACGACAAUUUUGAAAUUUUGAUGCAUACUACCCCACCCACUCCGAUGACCCCCACCGGUCAACCACUGGACCGAUUUCGCCCAUCUUCGAACUCGUUUCCUAACUUUGUCCAAUAUGCAUAUGGUACAAAUUUCAAGUCAAUCGGUUCAGCCGUUUUGGCUCUAUCGUGCCGGACAGACAGACGGACGGACAUGACGGUUCUAUAAGCCCUGACUCGGGCUAAAAAUGUUUGUGGCAAAGUUGUUAAGGAAGCACACCUUGUGGAUUCAUGAAAAAUAUAUUCAGUGCAGGUUUAAUGCACAUAUAUGAUUAAAGAUAAAUAAAAAAUAUCGCUUCCAUAUAAUAUGCAUUAGUUUUUCUGGAUUUGGUACAUUCAUACAUCAUUCUUUAGGCUGUGUUCAUUAAUGAUGAGAAAUUUCUCGGAGGAGUUCCCAAUAACUUGUAUAAGACAAACAUUUUAUGCUUGAAAUGAGUAUGAUCCACCAAUGAGUGUGAUCAGUCAGCCAAUAAUAACGUGGUAAUAGCAAUUUAUAAAAUACAAAACUAUUGUAUUCUUCCGGAUUUUUUUUUAUUUUCUGCAAUUUCAGUCAAUCAAGUUAAGUUCCAGUUAACCCAACCAUUUUAACUUAACUUAACUACCUGCGUGAGUGCACUUAGCGUGUAUGGCUGAGGACAUAAAAUGUAAGUAGACGUUGUGUACGCAUAUAAUUGUUUCAAGUUUUACGUAGUGCAAAUUAAAUGCUAAAUAUAAAUCGGAAUGGAUAACCAAAGAAUCCUGACGUCCGCGAAAACUUUUUGUGUUUAUCUGCUGGUCACAGCAGUUUCAAUUUUACUAGUUAUCUGCGUUCCACUUCUGUUCCUUGUAUUGACUCCAUGUUUGCUGUUCCGGUGGUGUGUGGCAAAAUAUGCAAAGCAUAUGAAACGGGACACAUUUGAUAAGAUGCUAACUGCGACAGGACACAUAAUGUCGAUAGGUAGUCUUUAUGAUUGUCCAAAAAACGUGAUUGUAGUUGCCUUCGAAUUGGAAGGAAAGCCAGACAUUUUCCACAUACGAGAUUUAGUUCAAAAACUUUUUCUGGAUGCCAGGAAUGAUAAAGGCGAACUGAAACAUCCUGAAUUACGCCAAAAUCUUUCCUCGUUUUUCGGUUUCCAUUUUUGGAAACAGAUAUCAAAUUUCAAACUGGACGAUCACGUCUACAUGUAUUCUGGAUCCAAUGGAUCAGAUCGAACAUCUCCACUUCCAGAUGUUAAUUCCCUGGUGAAGUUUCAUCUUGAGAAAUGGUGGAGUAGAAAUAAAGCUUUAUGGGAAAUCGUUGUCAUUCCUGGCGAGCAAUUAUCCUGGUCGAGGGACUGCCCUGAGGGAUGUUUUUUGCUAUUGGCACGUUUUCAUCAUGGAAUUGUGGACGGAUAUUCUGGACUGAAGCUUCUUUCGCGUCUUGACACUUCUACUUCUAUAAUGAGCUUAGAAAGCAAACCUGAUUUUCGAACAGUUGGUAAUUAUCGACCAAACAAAUGGAUAUCAAUUUUUAAAUCGCCUUGGGAUUUCACAUAUAAUUUACUAACUUCCCCUACUCUACAACUACAUCCAUUCCUUGAUAAAAAUAAAAGUCUGUGUGGUGCCAGUUCCAGAGCAGCCAUUUCGAUCCCCUUAAACGAAGUGAAGGAAGUCAAAAAUAAGUUGGAAAUCUUGUUCACGUCCGUUAUUGUGUCCAUGAUGGCAGGUGGACUGAAAAAGUAUUUCGCUUCACGAAAGUUAGAAAAAGGGGUAGCCUUCAGAAUUCCAAUCCCUGGAAAACAUUCAGACAAAUUAAGGAAUACUUUAUCUUUCGUAACAAUUACAAUUCAGAUGAUGGAGUCGGAUCCAUUGAAAAGAGUGCUAAAAAUUAACCAAGACCUUGUCUCCAUGAAAUUAUCUUCGAUACCAAGUGCAACACAUAUGCUUACCGUUUUGGGGGGUUGCAUUCCUCCAUCUUUUAUGACCUCAAUAACCUCUAAAUCCAUUCAGAAUCAGUACGUAAUUGUGAGCAAUGUUCCAGGUCCGGAACAUCCUUUGAUUUGUGGACAUAAAACACGGGAUGUCAAUUUUACUACCACGGUAGCUGGAACUGGUGGAAUUGUAUUUGGAGUAUUAACAAGCUUUAAUAAAUUGUCUAUCACUGUGGGUGCUGACACUGCGUAUAUUCCGAGCGAUGAAGAUGCAGCCGAGUUGUUGAGUCUUUGUGUUCAGGAAUUAACCUUACUUAAGUUAGUAAAAGGAUCACAUAUUCAGUCACAAGUUUAACUAGAUAGCUCUUAAUAUAACAUUAUCACAUAAAUUAUUGACGGGACAUUAUUUUAUA